AUGCGCCGCCGAACCCAAAAAACAGCCACCCACUUCCUCAUCCUCCUCCUCAUCCUCGGCCUCAUCUGCUUCCUCAACCGCCCUCAAUCCCCACAUAAGCUCUUCGCCUGGGAUCGCAUUCGGUACCGCACGCGCGCAUCGACCCUCCCGCCCCCGAACGGCGUCUGUCCGGGACUCAGCGAAUCGGGGCGUCCGGCGCUGGUGGUAUCGCAUGUCGAUAGCGACGGGGACACGGGGUGGUUGGAUGCGUUGAGGGAGAAGUAUCAGGUGUGCGUGUAUCACAUCGAGACGGAUAGCUCGACCUCGACCUCAACUUCGAACACCAUCGACAAGAAAACCACCACGGAAGGAAACCCAACGCUCCAAGUCCCCACAAACCGCGCCCACGAAGCAAUCACCUACCUCACCUUCCUAAUCGACAACUACUUCUCAAUCCCGCACCAGGGGGCAGUAUUUAUCCACGGCUCCCGCUUCGCAUGGCACAACGACGACCCGACCUACGAUAACCUCUCCCUCCUCCAACACCUGAAUCUGCCGUUCGCGCUGCACGCGUCUGGAUACCAUAAUCUGCGCUGCGAUUGGAGUCUGAGUACCUGUGUACCUGGGGCGGGACCGCAGGGCAGUUUGGAGAAUAGUGUGCAGGCGGUGUUGCAGCCGUGGAGUGCCAGGACGGUGUCGGAUCGGGGACUGCCGGGGGCGUUGGAGGAGAUUUUUGGCGCGUCAUUGGGGGAGAUGGGCGUGGAGGUGGGGAUGGGGAGGAGCAGGUUGGGGAGGACGGAUACGGUGCGGGCGCAAUGCUGUGCGCAGUUCGCGGUUAGCAGGAACGGUGUUUGGCAGCAUUCGCGCGAGGAGUAUGUCGCGCUGAGGCAGUGGUUGUUGGACGGGAUGGAUGGGAGGAGAGGCGCGGCGCCGAAGGACGAUCGCGUGGCGGGCAGGAUCAUCUCGUAUAUCUGGCAUAUCUUGUUCAUGAAGCGGGACGGGGCAGGGGUGGAUCUGGGGGAGCUGAAUCGCAAGGCGUGUCCGUCGGCCGAGGAGUGUUAUUGUCGGUUGUAUGGCCGGUGUGGGUUGCGGUGCUCGACACCGGGGAGUUGCUUGGGGCAGUAUGCGUUACCGCAGCAUCUGCGUUUGCCUGAAGAUUGGGCGAAGACGCAUGCGUCGUGA